UUUAUCUUGCUUUUCUUUUGUCCAGACUGUUCCUCGUCCUCCUUCCUGGGAAGAACUGCCGCGCCUUCUUCUUACACUUGCAGGCAAGCAUCCGUAGAUCCCUCAUCUCUUUCUCCAUCGCUUUCGAUUCAUCCUCGGUGAUGAUUAACGUGUGAGGCGGGUGAGCAUGACGAGUUAUCUAUGGAGGAAGUAUGCGGAUUACUUGUACACCAAGUGGGAAAAGAACAUCUUGUGGACCAUGGUCGAUCCGUAUCGACGGCCUAAAUCUUUCACACCUCUGGUCGCCAUCUAUACUGCUGCUUUUUAUACUGGUGUCGUUGGGGCGGCAAUAACUGAGCAACUGUACAAGGAGAAGUACUGGGAAGAUCAUCCUGGGCAAGAGGUUCCUCUCAUGAUGCCAAAGUUUUACAAGGGACCCUGGAGGGUGUACAGAGGCGAGGCCAUUCAGACAGACAAGUGAGAGAAGUUGGCAAAUGCCUGGGUUCUGUGCUUUACAUCUUCCAUGCCACACUUCUAUUGUCUCUCAAGUCCGAUGAUUUUACAGAUAUGGUUUCUGUAAAUAAUUUAGAGCAUUGACGAAGUAACACCUGCUGUUGCUAUGUUGGAACAGACUGAAGGUGCUUUAGUAGGAAUUGGUUUGUGCAUCAAUAAACAGACUUAUUUCUCCUUUCUCAACUAUACCCUUUAUCUUAUAUCCAUUUAUAAAUACAUAA